AUGACCGCGCCGCCCCAUGCCACAAAUCACACCCUCGCCCAAAGCCCCGACGCGUGGCUGGACACCGCGAACUUCACUCCUAUGUCGCGCCGGAUUCCGGACACGCAACACUCAGAACUCGAGGAAUCGCUAGCCAGCGACAAGAUAUCCACCUCUGACAGCGAAUCGCAACCCUCCAGCCCCGUUCCUCAGGAGCUCACUCUUCAAACGACGGACAUACCUCUAAACGUCGCCCGUGGGGACGAGGAAGAUCCAAAAUCCGUGAUCCAUGCUCCUCCAGGGUUUGGUGCAUAUUUGUCCACGAGCCCGGUUUCUCCUCCGCCAUUAACCACGAAGGUUGAACCUUGGUCUGACCGUGCAACCCCGCGAGCUCAAACCAGGCAAGAAAUUGAUGCAUUCGGUCGAAAGCCUCGGCCAAACAGCUUGGAAGAUAUUCCGGAAAAUUUUGACCAUGAUUUCCCACAAGACGAGACUGAAGAGGAAACGGAAGCUACCGACGUACCCAUUGCCACUUUGCCCUCGUAUAGUCAUGAAAUCAAUGCGUUGAAGACUGCCCUUUCUGAGUGUUGGACUCUCUGUAAUACACUGGCAAAUUUAAGCUCGAUACAUAGAGAGCGUUUGUUUCACGACUCUGGAAAAGGUAGCAUGCAGGAACAAGCUUGGAAAUCAUGCUGGAAGCUGUGUCAAAAUCUAUACGAAAACCGAGAAGACGACCAUAUUCUCCAUGUUCGGCCAACUCUAGAUUUAUGUCGAGAGUUUUGCCAGGCGCUCUUUGAGAUUCGAAUAAGAGAUGAUGAGAUUGCAGAUUCCAUCCUCCGGGUUAGCUUUGAGCUGAAUAACCAUCUUUACAACACCCACGAUCGCAACUUGCCCGAGGCCUUUCGCGAGCGGACCCUCGACUUUUAUAUUACCUUGUGCCAUCGUUUAAUGAAGCAACGAACGCAAUUAGUCACAGAGACCGAUUUACUACUGAGGGCUUGCUGGGGUCUUGCAGAAAUGCUGUUCAACCUUCGACAAGGCAAGAGGGAAGGAAAAUCCGCCGACGUGGAGCUUCUUGGUUCUGCAGUGCAGGCCUGCUGGGAUCUGUGUGAUCUGUUCCGAGAAGGCUGGACACAAGUCCGUCCAGAUCGUAGAACACCAAGGCCAAGCCAAACGACGUUUACCCAGGCUUUCUACCAAGCCAAGGGUGCAGCGUAUUCGGAACCUCCCGAGACCCAACCUAUAACCCCAAAUCCAGAGACUCCAACAACUAUAUUCGAUGACACUGCCACCAUGCUCUCUCCGGAGCAAGCUCAAGUCCCUAAUAUACUCGUCCUUGGAGCCGGAAACACGCAGAACUUGCAUCCACAUUGGAAUUCCACCACCACCUCCACGCUCGCUAGCUAUUCCCGUCCUUCUUCGCGCUCCUCAACGACUUCAUCCACACACACGGUAAAAUCGCCGGCUGAUGACCCGAACCUUACCUGCCUCAAACUACUCAUUGUCCGCGCAGCGAUGAACAACGGCUUUCAGCGCGAAGGCGCAUAUACCUUCCCUUCAUUUGUCAAAGCAUUAUCCUCAGAUGCAUUCGGUACUGCACCAUGGCAAAAUUCCCUCUUGGUCAAUUAUAAGAAGUUAGUUACUGUUGAUCCGGCAUUUAGUGCUGCACCUCUUCCAGCACGCGCUACUGCCCCAGACAUUGCGAGAGCGGUGCAGGUGAUGAUCCAGCAUAGUGCGCAGUACGCAUGGUUGCUAGACUUGUACCGGUUGGUGUUUGGGUUUAGGAUAGACGAAGCAAUGCAGCGAAGUAGCAUUGCGAUUCAGACUUGA